AUGUCGUCUGAUGACGAUUUCAGCGAUGAGGGAGAGAUUGUAUUUCUGAACGAGAUCACGCCUCGACGCGACUCAGGUAGCGCGAUCAACCGGUUUUCUGAGGUGCGCAAGAUUGGACAACGCACGCUGGACGGCGGCGUUCUGGAGUUUCAGAACGGCAACGGGACGACGAUCUACGAGGAGAUUCGCGAGAAAAACAUCCGUUUCGGGCCCACUCACCAUCCGUUGAACUACAGCGCGCUCGAGACUUUUAUUUACCCGACCAAUUACGAGGUCAGGGAGUACCAAUUUGAAAUUGUCAAACAGGCGUUAUAUCAGAAUCUUCUAUGUGUGCUGCCCACGGGUCUGGGGAAGACGUUUAUUGCAUCGACGGUAAUGCUUAAUUAUUUCCGCUGGACACGUGAUGCCAAAGUAAUAUUCAUGGCUCCGACUAGGCCGUUGGUUGCUCAGCAGAUCAAGGCCUGUUAUGGCAUCACAGGCAUUCCGAGCGAUCAAACAGCUAUUCUCCUUGAUAAAACGCGGCGGAAUCGUGCAGAGAUCUGGCGCUCAAAACGCGUCUUUUUUGCUACUCCUCAGGUUGUCGAGAAUGAUCUGAAGAGUGGCACGCUAAAUCCCAAGGAUAUCGUGCUGUUAGUCGUGGACGAAGCCCAUCGAUCGAAAGGUGCAUAUGCGUAUACGGCCGUCGUGGCAUACAUGAGGAAGUUCAACACAAGUUUCCGGAUUCUGGGUCUGUCUGCUACUCCUGGCUCUGAUGUUGAGUCCAUUCAAGGAAUUGUGGACAAUUUACUCAUAUCGCGAAUUGAGGUGCGCACUGAAGACAGUCCGGACACUGCUAAAUACGUGAAGGGCCGCGACAUUUUGAAGAUUGACUGUGAAGUUACUGAUAGCAUUGCAUUGAUUGUGGAGUUGAUUUGCGAGGCUAUCCUUCCCGUGCUUCGGAAAGCCAAUGGCAGCGGGAUCUACGACAUUACGGAUCCCUCGAAAAUAAACCAUUUUCAGGCCAUGGAGAAAUCCCAAAAGGUGAUCAAGAACCCAACGCUCGCAGAGGGAAUCAAAUGGACGUAUUACUUCCAGCUACAGUUAUUAGGAACAGUGGGACAAUUGUUGCGAAGACUCUAUGUUUAUGGAAUCCAGACAUUUUACUCGUAUUUUCUUGACAAAUUCACCGAGUUCACAACCAAGUACGACAAUAAGAAGUCGACUAACAAAAUAGCAGCCAGUUUCUACUACCACGCUAGAGUCAAGGAGCUGAAAAACAGAGUCGAGAAAAUGAUUGUCGAGGACGAGGAGAAGUCUGCAAAGGGCGAGCGCAUCAGAGGCGUCUUUUCGCACUCGAAAAUGCAGCAUAUGGUGGACGAGCUGGAAUUCUUUUUUGGUGAGACACAAAACCUGAAUUCCAAAGUCAUCAUUUUUACCGAGCUUCGUGAAAGUGCAUUGGACAUUGUGAAAUGUCUAGAGUCCGCAAACGCCGUCAUUUAUGCCCAAAACCCUAGUGGGCCCAGAGAAAUAUUCAAACCGCACAUUUUCAUCGGUCAAGCAAAAGAAAAAGAGAAAUUUGACUCGGAAUCAUUUACCAGGAAGCAUGGGCCCAAAAGGCGUGGCAAGAAUAAACAACCAGAACCCAGGAAAGAAACCAAGGCCAAGGCUGAGCUGAAACUUCGUCCCAAUGACCGCGUUAAAAGCUCUGAGGAUGCACAGCUCCGAGGAAUGACGCAGAGGGUGCAGAAAGAGCUAAUUGCAGAGUUCAGAAAGGGAGUGUACAACGUGCUCGUUGCAACCUCCAUAGGUGAGGAGGGACUGGAUAUUGGAGAAGUUGAUCUGAUUGUAUGUUACGACUCAACGUCUUCGCCAAUAAAGAACAUUCAGAGAAUGGGAAGAACCGGCAGAAAACGAGAUGGUCGGAUCAUUCUGCUUCUGUCGAGAAAUGAGCGCGAUAAGUUUGACAAAGCCAUGGAUAAUUACAGCUGGAUCCAGACUCACUUGCAAGCCGGGAACAACAUUCGUUUCCAUCCAUCGGACCGUAUUGUUCCCAAGGGAUGUAAUCCUAGACCCGAGAAAAAACUCAUUGACAUUCCGAAAGAGAACGAGCAAAUAAUCAAGGAAUCAGAAGACAGUGAUGCAUUUUUGCGUCUUGCGACACAACUCACCACCAAAGGAAAGACCAAGAAGGGCAAAAAAGCCGCCGAAAAACGUGACGAAGCGCAACCCUCGAUUAAGUCGUUUUUCAUGCCAGACGGAGUGGAGACUGGUUUUCGAUCUGCCUCCAAGCUGGUCCGCCAAAAACAGGAAGAAGAGGAGAGAAGUGUGAAAAAACGGCGAUUAUUGGACGACGUCUCGGAUUUGGAGGCAUCUGAAGACGAAGAGGUGAAGCUGAGAGAGUUGUUCAGCUCCUCUAGCAGGGCGAAUAGAAGCUCCAGCAUUUUGGGGUCCACCAUAGGACAGUCUAUUCUUCUUGCCAGUGAGGAGCCUGAGGAACCCACAUGCGAGGCCGAAGAAGUGGCCAAGGAGCAGGGCCCCGUCCUGCCCAAAAACGGCAGCGUGAAAGACUCGAUUCUUAUAGAUUUGGACGAGUUUUCCGAGGAUGAUUUAAGUGCCUUGAAGAGCGACUCUAAAAAACCACGCACGUUUUCCUCUGACGAUCCUGAACGGUUGGACGACAGUUUAACCGAAGACACAGAUCCUCCGGUGAUGAAGCACGAGCGAGCGGAGGCCGACGAGCCGGACAAUGAUUUGAAAGAGGAAGAGUCCAUACAAAAUGAGAUUUGGAGUUUGCGGAGCCAAAUGAAAAAUGUGAAUUCUUCUCCCCGCCAGCUCACUCCAAUACCUGCCAGAGGCGGACCAGAACAGUCUCCUAUUUCGCGGCUUACGCCGAUAAAUUUGUCCAGAGUUCGAAGCCAGUCAUCCAAACGCACUGUGGAUUCAGUUUUCAAGUCUGAAUUCGGUCCAGAAGACGGCUACAUGACGCCUGAGCAAGAGCUCGAGUUCUACACUCGAUACUUUGUGAAGAUUCCUCCCUUGGAUUUUAAUCAGGUGGACAAUCCUAUUGGCUGCAUCAAAAGGGGUUCUCUGCGCGGCAACCUGGGGCAUUCAUCGUCAGCUUCGUCUUUGAUUGACGUUGUGAUGCUGAUGAGCAAUAAAGGAAAGUUGGAACAGUUGAAUAACGAAUUGCACGACUACCACGAGAAAAAUCAGUGGAUCAACUUCAACGAUCGGACUCUUUUGUCUCGAAUUAUAUAUUAUGACUGA